AGGGUGUAUGGUGGCAUUUUCUUAAAUCACCCAAGCCAAAAGCAGGAACUGUCUGGCCAAACGAGUUAGUUGAAAGAGAGAUGACCAUGCAGAAGGUGGAAGUCGUGUUACUGGCCGUUUUCGGUUUGUUGGUCGUCACCAGCGCGAAACCGCAAGACUUGGGGCAAUUUUUGACUUUCAAAAAUGGCAACGUCGGCGUCAAUUUUGGCGGAUAUCACGCUGAAGCAGGCUUAGGUGGUUUGCUGGGCGGAGGACGGACUGCUGGUGGACUUCACGCGAGCGCUGGAACCCCUUCAGGCGCCAAUGCUCAGGCAGGUCUGGGAGGUCUUCUAGACGGUAAUGGUUACACUGGCGGAGGUCUUCACGCCAGCGCUGGGCUCGGUGGUAGCACAAAAGCGGCUGCCAACAUCGGAGGAGAACUAAGCGGCCAAGGAGUUGCUCAGGGAGGAUACUUUGCUGGAGCAACGGCUGGUGGAGGUGCGGCUGCUGUUGAAAAACAGUCCUACGGCGUGGUGCAGCCCAGCAUUGUCGAGCAAGAGGUCAAGGUUUCGCAACCGGUAUCCGACGUCCAGGUGCAGAAGACCUUCAACGCCCACGUUUCUCAAUCGGUACCAAACAUCGCUAGUAAAUCGGUGGAAACCCAAGUCUUUCAGUCCGUUCCUACGGUGACUAAAACCGUACAGACUGAGACGGUUGUACCCGCCCAAUCUGAUCUCGUCCAAUAUGAACAUGUUCAGAAAAUCAAGACAAGAAUUACACCAAAGAAGCAGAAGACAAGAGUGUCAACAAUCGUCAAGAGCAGAGUGAGCCCAAGCAUCCAGUCCGGCGUGUUUGUAGAGAAGGCGAUUUACCCAGCGACAAGUUGGAAUAUCGAAAAAUCCGUUGGAACGCAAACUAGUGCCGUCCAGCAGGUUCCUUAUUGGAAUGCAGCUUCCGCCGAUGCUUCGGCAUCAGCUGGUCUUAACGCAGGAGCUUACGGAUCUGGGUUCGCGGGUGGAUAUGGGGGUGGAUGGGGAGGCGGGUACGGAGGUGCGAAUUUUGGAGGAGCAGGUUACGGAGACGCAAGUUAUGGAAGUAGAUACUACGUCAAGUCCCAGCCAAACUCCCAACUAUUUGACGAUAUUUUUAACAUCCCCAUCUCCACGUUGACGGCGGUGAACCAGCUUCUUAGAAACAAAGGAAAAUGAUCUGUCGGUGAAACGUUGCGCUUAACUUUUUCAAAUUCGAACAUAAAAUUUGAGGAAAUUGUAUCGCGUAUGAUGGAGGAAGUGUAUUACAUGUGUGAAUUGCAGCUUUCAAAUAUUCUUCGAAUUAGUCACAUACUUUAGACUGUUACAGUAUUCAGAUCGUAUAAUAUGAGAAUGCGGUGCAGAACAUGGCGUGUUAUUUAUUUACCCGCAAAACUAGCAUAAAAAACAGAUUAUUAUUAUCAAAUGUACGUGUUUACAUCUUGUACCGAUUUACAUUCAUUGUUCUUUGUUUGCCACUUUUGUACUUCAAUAAAACAGUUUGUAC